UACUGGCUCGCGCGGGACAAGAGAAAAAGGAGGCUGACUGACUGUUUGGGGAUCCUGACACACACACACACACACACACACACACACAAAAAACAAAACAACAACCAACAGAGACGAGAGGAGGACGACGCCGAGCCCCUGGUUUGUCUCGCGCUUCCAAGAAAACGAGUUUCUUCGACGGAGGCAGACGGGGACGAGUCGUCCAAGCCUCCGCAUGGCGGAGGGUCGCGUGUUUCCAGUGUGGCGGGGGAUCGGGGCCGGCAGGGGUGUCGAAGGGGGCUGGAGCCAAGGCUGGGGACGUUGCUUGCGAUGGGAACCGGACAGUCCAGGACGAGGGGCCCGGAUCCCGGUCUUUGACUACCCGGUGUGGUUAGUCCUCAGUCGCGGGGGCCGUGCCAGGCUCAGGGAGGUUUGUCAGAGGGGGAGGGGUGCCAUCAGACUGCCCACAGACAUGCUCAGCAUCAAGCUUCCCCAGCUCUUUAACAUCCAACAGGUCCCCAAGGUGUUCAGGGAGGACAGCAUCAUCUCCGGAUACCGUCACCCCCGGAGCUCAGCUCUGGACUGUGUCCUCAGCAGCUUCCAGAUGAACAACGAGACGAUCAACAUCUGGACCCACUUCUUACCAACAUGGUACUUCCUGUGGCGUUUCUGCGUCCUGUGCUCCACUCUGAACUUCCUGAGCGACAGCUACACCUGGCCGCUGCUGGUGUACAUGGUGCUCAUCUGCAUUUACCCCUUCACCUCCAGCUGUGCACACACCUUCAGCACCAUGUCUCCCGAGUCCCGCCACAUCUGCUACUUCUUUGACUACGGGGCGCUCAGCCUCUACAGCCUGGGUUGUGCCAUAAGCUACGGAUACUACGUCAUGCCAGACUGUUGGGUGAACAGUUUCCUCCAUCAACAUUUUGUCCCCAUUGCCAUCGGAAACACGUUGUUCUGCACCAGCCUGUCCUGCUAUUCCAGGUUCCUGGAGUUGCAGUUCCCACAGAGAAGUAAAGCUCUGAGGACGGGAGCGUUUGUCAUCCCGUUUAUAUUUGACACUGUCCCUCUGUUUUACAGGAUUCUUCUGUGCUGCGGGGGAAGCUGCAGCCCGAGCAGCGCCUUGUCCAGUCACUGUUACCACCUCCUCUUCGCCUUCCUCACCUGCUUCCUGUUUACCGCCCACCUCCCGGAGAGGCUGGCCCCAGGGCGAUUCGACUACUUUGGCCACAGCCACCAGCUCUUCCACGUCAGCGCCGUGGUGGGGACCCACUUCCAGAUGGAGGGCGUGAUAGCGGACAUGGCGGCGCGGCGGGCGUGGCUCCUGGCCCAAGGGGCCACGCCCUCCUUCUUGGGGACCGUCGGCGUGCUGGUCGCCAGCCUCGUCCUCAACCUGGGCGUCAUCGGUGUCUUCAGCGCCCCGCUGCUGUGGAAGUCCUGCAGCGGCUCCGGCCCGCCGCGCGCGUCCACGUGCGAGCGCAAGGAGAAGUGAGGGCGCGCCUGUCGCCCCGCAGCCACGCCGACGGCUGCCUCGCUUUCCAAAAAGGAAAGGUUUGGGCCGCUCGUUAACAGUGUACUGUAGUGCUUGUUUAACACCGAUGCUUUUAUCAAGUUUUUGAUGAGCGCUGCAGCAUUCUUCUAACCGUAACACAGCUGAAGUAUUUUGUCCACGUGUUUACUGAGCAGCUGAGGACCCAGUGACGUUUAUUGAAGCCUUUUUUUUCUGAUGGGCUCUGGGUUGAAGGAAGCUGUAUUCACACGACACGUAAGUGCCUUAUUGUAGAUCACUACAAGUGCAGGUUCAAAUCUCAAAACUGGAAACAUGAACGGUUCACAGGCGCAGGGAUUUUAUACUGUGAGUUGGUGAUGCGUGCUAGGCCCUUAACUCCGUUAAUGACUAAUUGAAAAAAAUCUUUGUGUCUGGACAAACUGGUCAGUGAAGUUGUUCCGUGCACGAAGCAGCGGAGACAACCCCUCGUCUGACUCUACGUAAUAUAAUGCAGAUUGGAUUGCCCGCUCUUACACAUCCACCUAUUGAUUCCACUCUGCACUGACUGGAAUUGAUUUGCAGAGGCCGGCGUGGUUCUCUUUCUGAUUGCCUGUCUAAUUAUGAACCCCACAACGGGGUGGGCGGGGGGGGGUUUACAGUGCGGCGAUGAUUAAAAAGGCCGCGACCAUUUUUAUAACUGUGUUUCCAUGGCAGCGUUAUGGUGGCCUCAUGCCCCCUGAGGGUCUUCAACAAUUUGCUCUGAACAAAUGACACAAAUUAUUUUUUUCUCUUCUUCUUUCAUUACGUAUAAAAGAUCCAUUUUGAACAUCCAUCACGUGUAGUUACACUUAGAAACAAACAUAAUUGGCUUCAAUUUGGCUUUAGAAGAAUUUGCACAUCUCAUAUUUCUAGACAGAUCUUCCACACUCGUGGUUUAUGACGACUGUCUGUGGAAUGAAGAGAAAUUGUGAGGGGAAAAAGAAUAUUUAUUCAUAACACGGGGUCGUUUUAUUGUGAUCAAUUGCAGUCCAAAAAAAACAGUCAAACUUAUAUACUGUAUAUACUCUAUCGCCCCAUGGAGAUUGUUGUUUACAUUUACCACUGAAAUAAUAAUUGUCCUGUAUUUAUAGAAUUUGAUGGUAUUUAUUGCUUAUUUUUGGUGCAGAAAUGGGGCUGAAUAUGUGUUUUUUCUUUAUUUUACGGGGGCAUCUAGGUUGUUUUAGACAAUAACUAUAACUCUUAAUAAAGCAAUGGUUCACUGAAACAAAGUUCAAUCUUGACAUGUCAUUUUUGACCAUAAUUGAGUUUUAAAUGGGUCUCCAGCACUAAUCAACGUAUUAGUGACCGUAUAGGACCUGGAAGAUUACAAGAUAAAUCAUUGGGUUGAUUGCAGCUAUUUUUUUCACUGAUCUUUUGAAUCCAUUUUCAGACAAAUAUGUUAAACAUUCUCUGGCCUGUUGGUUGGAAAAACAAUUUAUGGGCAUUUUAUUGUCAAAAGAAUAAAAGAAUGCACGAUAAUGAAGAUCAUCUCCCGAUGGCGACCUUCACAAAUGGGUUCAAAUUAUCUUGGAUUAUUCAUUCUUUACUUACAUGAAGACAAAAAGACUCCAGGGACAAAAAUGACUUGAUAAGAUUAGAUCAUACAUCCGUGAUAGUGCCAUGAGAUAUUCCUUUAUUUGUCCCGCAGAGGGCACAUUCGGGAUCAUGGCAGGAGUGUUUCAUGGGUUUUAAUAGGAAACUGAGUCUUGUCAUGUUACUUGAACAUCUCUGUUGUGGCACCAGAUUUCAGUGAAGCUCACGCUACUUGACAAACUGCUCACAAGGCUUGUGUGAUUUUAGUGGCACAAAUUUACACCUGUUAACACCAGUAGUUCUUUUUUCUUUCUUUUUUUUUUACACAAUCCACAGGGAACACGUGUCUAACACACACACACACACACUCGCUCAUACACUGGUUUUUAUAUGUGUCGGUGGAGAGUUUUGAAAGAGCGGAAAUGUAUGUGAUAUUAUGGGAAUGAGAUGCGUUUCAGGUCCGUGUCGGACGCUGAGGUAGAAAUGUCGGACACGGCGAAUGUGUAGAAUCACAAAGAGCACGCACACGCGCACACACACACACACACACACUUUUUGUAUUGUUUAAGAUAUUGUGCACGGUAUGAGAAGUCCGCUGCUCUUCAUGUUGCAGACAGAACCGAGCAGUGUUUGCCCACAGUGCGGUUUGUGUUGUAUCUCCUCUCAGGCUCCUGCCGAGCGUCCAUUGAUUUUUUCAUUUAUUAUUUUCCCUCUCCAGUCAUCAUCUUACAGCGCUCCUCGCUUUGACCCCGUCGAUUCCUGGAAUUGCAUCAUUUCUGGCCUCUGAUGUGGUUCGUUUUCCAUCGACCCAAACUUGUUUGGAUCUUUGCUGCUGUAGCUUUCUUUUGGGUUUUGGGUUAUUUUUUUUGUCAUCUAACUCGUGCUCAUUUGUUCGGUAUCCAUGCUGAUAUUUCCUCUCUUAAUUCGCAGUUAUAUAAUUAUUUUGACCAAUUUAUCAAUUACAAAUUCAGACCUGAUCACUUUCACUACAAAGGACGUUUGUCCUGUAAACCUUGUCGGUUUCACUCCUCACUCCUGAUGCAGGUUGUAAUGAUCAGAUUUUCUUUUUCAAUAAAUACAGUGUAUUGAAGGAUGUUUGAUACGUGAAACAGAGAGCAAAGAACCAUUUGGUUCCACAAUAAUAGUUCUGUGUCAAAAAAAGAGAGGAAAAAGUUGGUUUGAAAGAGUAACUGGUGCCUUUUUGAAAAGUUUAGUGCAACUUGUCUUUUGAUAUAAGGUUUGUUCCUUAUCCACAAGAAACUGCUCUGGAAAUGUGUAAAUACUUACUCGUGUAUAAUUUGUAAUUUUCUACCUUUGUUCUACUAGACCUGUUUAAUAAAUUAAGCCUUUUAUAAAUGUAAAAAA